CACAUCAUGUUUUGGACCUGCCCUUGCAGGUUUCUGGUCGCUGUUCGAUCUCUCCUCUCUCUUGCCUUUGUCUUCACUCUGACUCGCAAGUCUGUUCUAGUCGAUAUGUGGUGUUUGAACCGAUCCGGCUUUCCAUGCUCGUACACUCACCCACGAAAGUAUUGUCCCGUGCUGUCCGGUGCUGGGUAAUGGGGGAUCGUCACCUGGUGGUGUCCCGGGAAGGUGGUGAUGGUUGGGAUUCCAUCAGGCCCGGUUUAAGGGGUGCUGUGAGGCCCACGUGGCAAUGGCCGUAGUGCAGGAGUUGCAUGAGUUUGGUAGGUCUGGUAAGUCAUUCAUUUUCGCUCAGCUGAACUUUCUAGUGGGCCAGUACUGCAUUUGGAAUAUUAAAGGCGAACCAGGGACUGAGAGGCAGUGGCGACUAGAGAUCUGCAAGCGCUGGUGCAAAAUAUGCUGUACAAUUGUUGGCGAAAAUGGUGUUACUCCUUCGACCCAAGACAUACGUAGACACUUCAAGAGCCUAUUCAAGACAGCAGACGGUUUCUGGCAGCGCUACCCUGCGUAUAGACUAGAGGAAUAGCGAGGUUCAGUACGUUAGUCUCUGAAGGUGUAGUUUUCGAAUAAUCUGUAAUCGGAUAUAUUGCACAAUUUUCAAUGGACAUGGC